AUGUUGACCUAUGGCAGCAUUUUGCCUCCUCCUCCUGGCAACUUAGUCGUCGAUGAAGAUGAUUCAUGGGAGGUCAGAGCCUUUGCAGAAGACAGAAGUAGCGCCAUGGGGACCACAUGGCCCCCACGGUUCUACUCCUGCACCUUCUGCCGCCGCGAGUUCCGAUCGGCCCAAGCGCUGGGCGGCCAUAUGAACGUCCACCGCCGCGAUCGGGCUCAGAUGCAACUACAUCACAACCAACGACCGCCUUCUCUGGUGCCGGCGCCUCCGGUCAUGAAGGGUGGUGGGUUUCUCUUCUCUUACCCUAUGCCGAGCCAGCCCCGCCCGGCUUCUAUGGGUUCUUCUUCAGCCUUUCCUAGGGUUAGUACAAUUAACUUUGCUGCACAAAGUUGCACAUAUGAGGAUUCCUGUUUGCUCGAGAAGGUUGGAUCUUUGAGAACAAGCAGUGAGAGUAGUAAGGAGGAUGAGGAAUUGGUAGUUGAAGAGCUGGAUUUGGAACUAAGGCUUGGAUGGUGA